UUGCUGAACCCGACAUAACAAGUGGCGACGAAGAUCGGAUCAUGGCGCUGCUCGGAAACCUGGGCCCCUUCACAUCUACUGAUGCUGAUGACUGGGAGUCUUAUCUGGCCAGGCUGGAUCAAUUCUACAAAGCGAAUAAAAUUGAGGACGGGCGGAAGAAAUCUGUAUUCUUGACAGUUGUAGGAGAAAGUGUUUUCAGGUUGCUAGUGACGCUGAUCGCACCAGCAACACUGGAUGACAAGUCCCUCUCAGAGCUGCGACAGACUCUGACUGCACACUUCUCCCCUAAGCGUCUGACAAUUGCGGAACGCUACAAAUUUUGGAGCCGCAGCCAGCAGGCAAGUGAGAGUUAUCAUGACUAUGCCGCUGAGCUACGACGUUUGGCAAAGACCUGUGACUUCGGCAAUGGUCUGGAAGAUGCCAUCCGCGACAGGUUCGUCUGUGGCAUACGAGACGCUGUCGUUUGUAAAAAAUUGCUGACCAUCGAUGCCCUCACUUUGGAGACUGCUCUGAAAACGGCUGCAGCUCAGGAGGUGGUCGAUCGCGAGGCUGCGCGCUUGAUGGCCGCGGGUAGAUCUACCUCCGAAUCCAGCGAUGUCCAUGCCGUUUGGCACAAGAGACAGCCACCUGCACCUAGACAGCGAGGCAAGUCCGGAGCCAGCGCUAGCAGCACUACUGACGGGGCUGCGCCUUGUUAUCGCUGUGGCAAUAAGGACCAUGCUCCUUCACAGUGUCGCUUCAAGGCUUCCGAGUGCCACUACUGCCACAAGCGUGGGCACCUCGAGAAGGUGUGUCGUACGAAAAAGGGCGACCAACACCAAACCAAUUUUGUAUGUGAGGAGCAUGAAGUUGGUGAUGUGUACUCCGUAGAGUCCCGUCCCAAGCUAACUGUGAAUGUGAUGUUAGACGGGGUGGAAACGACAAUGGUGCUCGACACCGGAGCUGCAGUGAGCCUUAUGUCACGUGAGACGUGGGAUCGUACCAGUGACAAACAACUCGAACCGGCGAACAUCAAGCUGCGCUCGUACACAGGUGAUGAAAUCAAUGUGUUGGGUCAAGCCACAGUGGAGGUAUGCUAUGAUGGCCGUACAACGCCAUUGCCACUGCUCAUUGUUGAAGGCGAGGGUGCUACACUGCUCGGAAGGAAUUGGUUGCCACACGUCCGACUCGAUUGGUCAUCCGUGUUUGGGGUUGACGAACCUACGGAUGGACCCGAUUUGGAGCGGAUAGUUGCGGACAACGCGACCUUGUUUGACGGCCACGUUGGUGAGCUGCGAACAGGCGCAUCUACCUUGCAUCUGAAAGAGGACGCACGACCGGUGUUCAGGCGUCCCUAUUCAGUGCCGUACGCUGUCAAGCCCUUGGUUGAGGAGCAGCUCAGGAAGAUGGAGCAGCAGCACAUUAUAGAGCCUGUCAAGCACAGCGAGUGGGCAACACCAGUAGUGGCUGUUCCAAAGCCCGAUGGCUCAGUUCGUCUCUGCGGUGACUACAAGGUCACUGUGAAUCCCCAACUACGAGUGGACCAGCACCCACUGCCGACAGCGCAGGACAUCUUCAGCUCCCUGAAUGGCUGCAAAUAUUUUGCGAAGCUGGAUUUGUCGCAGGCGUAUCUGCAAGUGCCGUUGGAUGAGGCGUCCCAGAAGAUGACUACCAUCAACACGCACAAGGGCCUGUACCAGUUCAAUCGUCUGCCCUACGGUGUUGCAUCGGCUCCAGCGGUGUUCCAAGGAAUCAUGGACAAGCUCCUGGUUGGCUUGGAAGGCGUGUCCAAGUACCUGGACGACAUCCUGAUCGCUGCACCCACUCGCAGACUACUGCUGGAACGUCUGAACACGGUGUUGUCGAUUCUGUUGCAAGCUGGUCUGAAGCUAAAGAAAUCGAAAUGCAUGUUCUUCUCCGACUCAGUCCAGUACCUCGGCUUCAAAAUUGACGCGUCGGGUCUACACGCCACCGAUGAGAAAGUGCAAGCGGUUCAGAACGCACGUGCACCGACGAAUGUCACGGAGCUCAAGUCAUUCUUGGGUCUGGUGAAUUAUUAUGGCCAGUUCAUUGAGAACCUGGCUUCGCUCGCACAGCCUCUCUACGAUCUCCAGAAGCGUAACACCGUCUGGAAAUGGCAAGCGCCACAGCAGCAAGCCUUCAGAGCUUUGAAGUCAGCUCUGAGUGCACCACCAGUUCUAGUUCAUUAUAGCCCUUCGCUACCGCUACGUCUGACCUGCGAUGCAUCAGGCACAGGAAUUGGUGCUGUCUUGUCCCAUGUGAUGCCGGAAGGGCAGGAGCAACCAAUCGCAUACGCCAGCCGCUCUUUGACAACCAGCGAGCGCAAUUAUAGCCAACUGGAACGAGAAGCGCUUGCUAUCGUGUUCGGUGUCACCAAGUUCCACUUGUACCUCUAUGGACGGCACUUCAACCUGGUGACCGACAACCGCCCUCUUGCCGUAAUCUUCGGUCCAAAGAGAGGCAUCCCCUCAAUCGCAGCCAUGCGGUUGCAGCGUUGGGCUGUAACACUAUCAGCGUAUCAAUACGAUGUGAUGGUAAAGACGACUGAAGCCAACGCCAACGCUGAUUACCUGUCACGCAUGUCGCUUGAUUCGCAUAGCGUUGAUGUGUGUGAGGUGUCUGAGAUUCUGACGACUCACCAGGAUCAGCUGCCAGUCCUCGCAGCAGACAUCAGUGCAGAGACGGCCAAGGACAUCGUGCUCAAGCAGGUACUGCAGCAUGUCGCCAAUGGUUGGCCCGAGACUGUCCCCUCAGAGCUGAAGCCCUUCCACCGCAUCGCAGAGGAGCUCACAGUAGUCCAGGGCUGCCUUCAGCGAGGAUUUCGCACGGUGGUGCCUAGCACGCUUCAGCCCCGGCUCCUUCAAGAGUUACACAUUGCACACCCUGGUAUGGUGCGCAUGAAGGCUUUGGCAAGGAACCAUGUAUGGUGGCCAGGUCUUGACAGCGACGUGGAGCGAGCCGUCCGAAGCUGCCAUGCAUGCCAAGUGAACAGGAAUCGUGAUCAACCAGUGGAGGUGACACGUUGGCCCAAUCCAGCAGCACCCUGGAGUCGCAUUCACGCCGAUUUUGCUGGACCAAUGGAAGGACGAAUGUAUUUGAUCGUGACUGAUGCAUUCUCCAAGUGGUUGGAAGUGAUUCCUAUGUCCUCCACCACCAGCAAGACGACUAUCGCAGAGUUCCGGAAGCUGUUUGCGGCGUAUGGUUCUCCUGAUGCAAUCGUGACGGACAACGGCCCGCAGUUCACGUCCGUGGAGUGGAGCAACUUCAUGGCUGAGAGAAGUAUCAUCCACCUGCGCAGUGCACCAUACUUCCCCGCAACCAACGGAGCUGCAGAACGCUGUGUCCAAACAUUCAAAGCUGCCUUGCUGAGUGAGAAGCGUGGUCUACUGUCCUGGACCGAGGCACUGCAGACGUUCUUGGAACGGUAUCGCUCGACUCCUCACGCGACAACAGGAGAAACUCCAUCGGCAUUGUUCCUUCAACGGGAGCUCAAGACCAGACUGCACCUGGUACAGCCGCAAGCCAAGAAUACCACCACCGCUGCCUGCCACCAGCCGCCAGCAAAAGGGUUGGACGAAGGCAGCGCCGUCUAUGCGCGGAUGUUCAACCAGCCUCAGAAGUGGUCAGCUGGCACCGUAUUGCAGCGGAAAGGCACCAAGUCUUUCGAAGUUAAGCUGGCCAAUGGUGUCAUUGUGCGUAGACAUGUGGACCAGCUGCGUGUUCGUGAUCCUGCAACGACUCCUGAGCUUCCCUCUGAUCCUGAGAAGGUAGUUCAGCAACGUGAUGCUCGGACGCCAUCAAGGCGUCACGCACUGAAGCCACAGCGCUACAGGGACUGAACUAUUCUAGAGCACCGCUCUGUUCUCUUGUUCAUGUUCAGCCGCCUUCUCAUAAUGCUCACUCUUCGCACACUGUCCUUCCCUCUGUUAGGCUCUCCCUUGUGUUUUUGAAGGGGGAGAUUGUAGUGUAUGUGUAGUUGCAUGACAUCAUUAUUGUGUGUACACCAGUCCGCAUGCGCGGUCUCUGAAUCUGCAUAACUUCUAGUGGAGCUGUGUUCUUUUCCCGCCCCUUGCUUGCUUUCGGACUGUUCUUCCAGAUGUACUUGUAAUGGUAGUUUUCUCCGACCCUGUGAUUGUGCUUUGCUGAA